GGUGCGCUACCAAGUCCCACCCCGGCCUCGCCACCGCUCUCGCUGGCCUUUUCGUCCUCCUUCGAGAACUUCGAUCCAUCAAAUCCCGAUCUCUUCCUCCUCCACUUGGGCGAUUUUCCGUCGAUCUUCCAUCCGUUCUUCACCGAUCCAUUCUGACCUCUCAUCUGCCUACUCCCCCUCGAUGUCGUGGCUGAGAUCGGCCGUACACAAGGCCGUAGAGGUCAGCGGCAAGAACAACCUCACGCGCACAGUCAGGAACUACGCAGGCACCGUUGUUCAGCACGCCGGCCAGGCAGUCGCCGGGGGGACCAGGAUCAUCCAGAGCCGCAUCGGUAAUAAAAACUCUCAAAGCUUCAAGCAGACUGCGAAAAGAUUGGAAGACAUUGCUGUAUCAUGCAAGGGAAUAGAGAGAGUUCAGCUAUUACAAACAUGGUUGUUUUCUUUGCUAGAAAUUGAAAGAGUAAUUGGAGAUUCAACCGAUCAUAAGCUGUUGGAACAGCCACUGUCAUCUGUUGACAGCAACUCACAUCCUGGAAAAGUUUCGAUGAUCUUAUAUUUCCUCGGGGAUGAAACUAUGAACUUCAAGGAAGUGCUUCUUUAUAGCCAAGCCCUUGAAAGCGUUAUAUUAUCCAUGAUUCUGGAAGCUCCAAAUGAACAAGAAGUUUCUCUGCUCUUGCAAAUAUUUGGACACUGUCUGAUCGGGGAUAAGGAAGAUCACAAUGAUAUUAUAAGCAGGAUACAACAACUUUCAAAAGCAUUUUCAGCUUACGAAGAGGAAGUUUUGGUGAAGCGUGACGAGCUUCUUCAAUUUGCUCAAGGUGCAAUUUCAGGACUAAAAGUAAAUGCUGACAUAGCAAGAUUAGAAUAUGAAAUCUCAAAGCUUCAAAAGAACGUCGAUGGAAUAGAAGUAUUGCAAAUGACCUCAAGCCAAGAUCAUGCUGGUACAAAAAAGAUUUCAGAUAUGGUGGAGAUUCUGCAAGAGGCACUAGUAGAAGUCCGCCUAUGCUCUAGAUUGGAAACCCUGCUUUUAAAGAUAAAAGGCAUAAAAAGUGGGAACUCACUGGAUGUCCAUUCUCAAAAGGUUGAUAAGUUGACAGUUCUUGUCGAAUCUCUUGCCAACUCUUCCUCAAAAGCAGAACAGCGUAUCCUAGAUCAUAGGCAUCAGAAAGAAGAGGCUCUUAACUAUCAUCUAGCUAAAGCUAAUGAAGCUAGGGGCAUUGAGAAGGAGUUACUCUCUGAUAUUGCUAGGCUGGAGGAUCAAAGAGACGGACUUGAGGCUGAGCUAAAGAAGGUUAAUUCUUCUCUGGCAGCUGCUUCUGCACGACUCAAGAAAACCAGGGAGGAGAAAGACCAGUUUGAUGAUGCGAGCAAUCAAAUGAUUAUGCACCUCAAAACAAAGGAAGAUGAGCUUGCAAAAUCUGUCACUUUAUGCAAUGUAGAAGCUGAUAUUGUCCAUAUGUGGAUUAAUUUCUUACAAGAUACCUGGAAGGUUCAAUCUUCAUGCAUAAAGCUAAAAGAUAAGCAAAUUAACGAGGAAGUGGAAAAAUAUGGGAAUCAUUUUGUACAAUUGAUUAGGUAUCACCUUUCUUCAUUCAAGGAUGAUCUUAACACUUCAAUCAUUCAUAUUAGUACAUUGGUAGAGAACUUGAAGAGAUUCAAUGAUAGAUUUGAAGGGACACAAGGUUGGGACAACAAUUUAGCCAAAGAGUUGAACCCAAAGAAAUGUCUCGAGGAGGAAUAUUUGACAAUUGAAACUAAGAUUGUGACCGCAUUCAGCAUAGUUGAUCGUAUGGAGGAUUUGUUUUAUACUGAAAGGGAAAAAGGUUCCAGGAGAGAUGAUCCCGCUGUCAACGAGCUGUUUGAAUCAAUCGAGAAGCUGCGGUUACAUUUUGAGUCCAUCGAAAGACCUAUUCUAGAGAUCGAAGAAACGGCAAGGGAAUUCGCAGAUAAAUUGCAAAAGGAGCCUUGUUCCACUGUUAAAAUCAGUUCGCCAAGGCUCAGAAACAUCGAGACGCCUAGAUCGACUCCAAGGACACCGUAUUAUCUUUCUGAUCCAGAAUCAGAAAUCACACAACUUGAAUUGGAAUUCCAAAAGGCAGGCAAGCAGUUCUCGGUACACGAUAUCAAUGGUUGGGACUUUGAUUGAUUGGAGCACUAGUCACCCAUUCAACUCCAAUGGAAACCCAGAUAGAAACAGAGUCCAACCAUAAAACUUUGUUGGCUAUAUAUUUCUUCUUCUUUUUGUACAUUCUUUGAAUCAUUGAAAUACAAUAGAUUCAAACAUUUUUUUGUACAAUAACUUGUGAGCUUGAUCGAGCAUGACAUAAUUCAAACCAAUAUAAAUAUGUUGAAUGAGCUAAGUUUUAAAA